AUGGCAUACAAAAGCAUGAAAGAGGGUAUAGAGGCCAUAUCCAGCUUUAACAGAAGAGCUCCAAUGGUUGAAUUUCAGGUUUUUGUACACAUAUCAAUGGAGUACUUGUUCACAUUUUGGACCUGUUACAUGCUCUACAAGGAAUAUGGUAGAGUAGCAUCCAUGAGGUUGAACUUUUUGGCUUCACAAGGGAGGAGGGUAGAGCAAUUUACU